UUCACUCAAAUUGAACUUAUUUUGAUUUUCAAUGAUAAUGGUAAUACAUUAUCACCAAUAAGACAAGUAUCAGUUAUUAGGUUUGUGUUGAGUUUCCGACCUAUAUUACAAGUAGCGUUCGAGUCCAAAGUUCGCAUUUGUUUUCACGUUGUAUCAUUAUCUUUUGAAUCUACUCCUUGGAUUGUUGAAAGCCCCGUUCAUCAAAUAUGUUGCGAUUGGUUACUCGUUCUGUAUCAAGAAAAAGUGUGCCGAAAGCGUGCUCCUUCAGUAAUGCUCCAGACAAGCUAGUUAUCACCGAGGUUGACGAUAAAACUGGCUAUGCCACCGUAACACUCAACCGCCCCCCGGUGAACAGUCUCAAUUUGGAGCUGCUGACGGCUAUCUCAGAAACCUUGGAUGACUUGCAGAACAAUAAAUCGCGAGGAAUAAUACUGACCUCGUCUUCCAAAACAGUUUUUAGUGCCGGAUUAGAUAUCAUGGAAAUGUAUAAACCAAAAUCUGAAAGACUGAAGGCAUUCUGGUCUACCCUGCAGGAUGUCUGGUUCAAACUGUACGGAUCACCGUAUCCAACCGUGGCUGCAAUCAAUGGUCAUGCACCGGCAGGUGGCUGCCUGCUUUCGUUAUGCUGUGAGUACCGUAUCAUGUGUCCCAACUACACGAUUGGAUUGAAUGAAACACAGUUAGGUAUUGUCGCUCCGACGUGGUUCCAGGCUUCGAUGCGAAAUACGAUAUCGCGACGCGAUGCCGAACUCGCCUUGACAUUGGGUACGCUUUUUACUACCGACGAAGCGUUAAAGGUUGGAUUGAUUGACGAAGUUGCGAGCACCAAGGAGGAAGCAUUGGCGAAAGCAGCUAGUUUUCUGGACAGGUUCAGGAAAAUUUCCCCACAGGCAAGAUCGAUGACUAAACAGGCUCUGAGGAGUAAGGACAUUAUGGAGUUGGAGGAUAACAGAUCACAGGAUGUUGAUUUGUUUGUGUAUGCUGUCAGUCAACCGAAAGUGCAGCAAAGCCUUGAGCUCUAUCUUGAAGCUUUGAAGAAAAAGUCGACUAAAUGAUGUGCAUUUAAGUAUAUAUGCAGCUAUAAAGCAAAAAGUAUAUUUUUGAAAA